UGCAUACUCUUCGACAAUUUUCUUCGCCGGCAUUUUUCUGAUCUCGCUAACGCUUUUUUUAUGUUCAGUCCUGUCCCGUUUGUGUCGUGUGUAUCUCCCCUUUUUGGCUGCGGAACGCGCCAUUUGCUAGAUCUUUGCCGCGCUCAGCCUUCGAUUGCCAGAAAUCGAGCUACGGGGAAAAGCUCCAAACACAGCGAUGCCGUGGCGGAAAAUCGAAGGUGUCUUCUUUUCAGUUAAGUCACACAGUGGGCAUUCCAGCGGAUUUGUACAUUUUUUGCAGCUGCUGCGUUUCGUCUCAAAGACUGACGUCUUCGCCGUGCUUCACUCGCGCACGGGAUCAUGCCGACAAUUUCCCGAGUUUCCUGGUCAAACCCGCGACUAAUCGUCCCUCUAUCCUUACUUAGUUUCCCUUUCCGUCCCUCUCCUUCGCAAACAUCGGCAUAUGACCGUUCUUUCGUGAUUUCUUUAGACCGCUUCUUAACUCAGUAUCCGUCUGUCCCGAUAUGACUGCUUCUCUAGUUCGUCCCUCCACCACCAGUGCGCAGGCGCCAGGCAGCAGCAGGUCCGCACUGUCAAGUUUCUCUCAUCUCUAAAUCUGACAUAAACAGUCCUUUCCUAGGCUUUUUUCUGAGCAUCGACGUUGCCACUGGGGGAAUUGAACGAGCUGUGCUCUUGCAUCCAGGCCCUCGUGGCCCUUUGCAACCGGAAGUCCUGCACCUCUGAUAAGUAAAGCUUCACCAAUCGUAAGGAGGUCGGCUACAGGACGGACAGAGGUCCUUUCGUUGUUUUUUCGGGGGCUUGCUUGCUAGAAAUUCACACACUCUGCAGCUAGUCGCGUAUGCCGAUUAUAAAACUGGUUUCCGAAACGUAUCCCGUUGUUUACACGCCGUUAUUAUGUGGCUGCUGCCCACGCGCAAGGCCACCAAACGGCGGAGUGGCUGUUUCCGACUCGAUCGUUCUCUGGUGAAGGCCAAUCUUCGGGAAUCAUGUUACUCCGAGCCUCCCUGAAUUUUUGCAGCCUCGCUCACCAUACAGAAUCCGUGCGUUAAAGAUUGUCUUCGUGUACCCCAUCCCUUUCGUCUUCCUCACCCGUCUUAUUUCGUCGCGGCCAAGAGUAUUCGCCGGCGGAGAAGGACUGAUCUCUGCGGGGUAAGCUACCUUGGUGCGGCUGCUUCGAGCUCUGUCGCCCCGCCAACUCGAGUUCCUGCGUUGUCAGCGGGCGGAUCCGACUGGCGGGGUUCCUCUCCCGGACGAUAAGCUGACAACGCCUUGCUUUGCCGGGAGGUAUUUUGUGUUCUUUAAUCAAACAUUCUUAAUCGGAUAGGUUUAUGCAGGCAGAAUGUUCGAGGCCACAGAGAAGGGCGCGUCCGGAGACUCGCCACAGGCCGGAGGGAGUGGAGAGGCCACAACGACCGCGUCCGUGGACAGCACCGUGGAACCUAGUGCAACAGACGAGAAAGACACCAGUAAAGAUAAUCAAACGCUAUCUGCCGCCUCGGCACCCGACACCGAUUCUCCAGAUGCCAAAGACCGAUCGACAGGAAGAAGCGAUGGUCAGGCGACACCGGCCUCUUCCUCGCCCACCCCAAGUGACCAGAAUCCCAAAAAGGUCCGCGCGGAAUCUCCGUCAAAGGAAAGCCGGAAUAACGUAGGGGCGCCCCAGCCGUCGGAGUCGUCAUCUCCCGAGGCUGCUUCAGUUCCUGCCGCUCCCAGUUCGGAUGGGCCGGAGCCGGAGAACUCGGCGGCUGCCACGGCAGGUGCAGGCGGUGGAGAAUCAACAUUAUGGUCGUACUUCGGGUGGGGAGAUCCGUGGGCAUCCAAGACGCCUGCUGCCGAAGAGGCACCUCCUGGGCCAGACACAGGUGACGGUGGAGAAUCUCCAAGGAAAUCAAAAGACAGCUCCACAGUCGUGCGUUUCCAGGGGGUGACGAGCGAGGAUGACAAUGCAGCGUCUAAGCGUGCACGCCCAAGGAAGGAGAAUUCGGUUGACAAGAUGGGCUUCGUCGAUCUCGUGGAGUCCCUGUUGCUUAACCACGACCCAACAGGGAGACCCGGUCGGUUCAUAGACACCUUUUCAACCAGUGAAUUCGCCAGUGAACGAGACAGUGACUUGGAUUCAAUGGUGUCGACAGAGUUGAAGGGGAGUGGACCCGAUGACGGCCUAGUCUGGCAAAUGGAGGACAUCAUGGCGUUCGAAGAUCAGUUGCAUGCAGCGUUGAGUACCCGGCUGGAGCAAGAGGCCCGCCACAUGGAAUCCUCGCUGAAAAAGGGCCUCGUCGAACUUCAGGCUCAGCUCGGCGAUGACGAUGAAAUAAAAAUGAUUCACUACGAGGCCCGAAUGGCUGGACUUGAUCUGAUUGUGGGAAUUGACACUCCUGAUGACGCAACUGUUCGGCGAAUUGACCUAAGCACUCUUAUGAAUCUUUCCGUUUCAAACUAUGAUGAGUCUAUGUCUAACUCUAAACAACAGACGAGCGUUGGGGUAUUGCCUCUCCCUUCCGAAACUUCGUUUCCCUUGACACCACGACGGCAAGGACCACCAGCACGCGGAAAGGGAGGGACUUGGGGUGCAGAAAGUGGACGGUCACCUUUGCAGCAGAUGCAAGCAGAGUUACUCCGUCUAGGGACCACAAGCAGUGAAGAAUCGACUUCUGAGGAUGACUCCGCAGAGAAGAGAAAGACCGCAAAGAACUCUUCUCCCGGUGCGAAUGACAACGAAGGAAGGAGCCCGGCUCCGUCCGCUUCGUCUUCAACAGCGUCUACGUGAGCAGACAAUCGAGGAUCGAAAAAGCGGUAGAGCAGGAGAGCCGGUUACGAUCCCUCGGCGAUGCCCCUUUGCAGGAAUUUCCUCAUUCUUCUCGCAGGCCCGGUGCUGUUUGUCUUUCGCGCUAGGCGGCGUAGCUCUCUACAGCCCUGCAGUCAAUGUGCAGGCUCGUUGUUGUGUCCUGACGCAUUUUCAGACCUUUGAAGUCGUUUUCGACUCCCGAACAGCGUUGCAUCGUGGGCCAUCUUUUAUAGAGAUUAUGCUUUUCAACUCUUUGUCAAUUUUUUUCGGGAG